AUGGCCCAAAAUUUGCCAUUUUCCAUUGCAAAUAUACUCCGUGCAGACUUUCCCGAUCCGUCACGUAUAAGCAAAUUACCUCAGAUUGUGCACGAACAACGACAUAGAGAAAAUCGGGGAACUCUCUUUGAAACAAGAAACCAGUCUCUUCGAGGUAUUCACUUCAGCUGCGAUGAAGAGAGAUUUUUUGGUGGAAAUAAUGAACGCAGCCCUUAUGUGGAUGGACUGGAAAACUGCAUAAAAUUUCCUCAAUCUGACUUUGUUGGAAUUGAAGGACAGGAACAGAGCAGUUUGAAUGGAGAGCGUAAAGGACACGGCACCAAGAAGAGUAAGGCUCAAAAUUCUCCAAGAGGUCGCAAAACACUUGGACGAAAAUCGUCCACAAGAAGACGUACCAACUUCUCACUAAUGCAAGUGAUGUAUCUGAAAGACACAUUUUCUCGUCAACAUUACCUAACCCGCAACGAACGACGGGUUUUGGCGGAUGCGCUAGAGCUUAAGGAAAUACAGAUCAGAAACUGGUUUCAAAACAGGAGAUACCUGUUGAGGCGAUCAGAAGUAAACCAGACCAAACAGGUUACAGCAAGAGUUGGACAGAGGUAG